CAUUUAGCUACAUAGCAGCAUAUUACUCCUGACAUUUCCCCAGAUGGCUAUGGGCCCCAGCACUGCUAGCAGUUCUAGGGGCUGCCAUUAUCCUGGUGAUCCUCACAGUGGAGCGCUAUGAGGAGACUCCAAUCUAUAUGGUGCAGCACGAACAGGUCUUUAUGAAGAGACACUUCCCUGCGGUCACCUUGUGUCCUGAAGUGCGGUUUGUUGACGAGAAAAUUGAUGCCUUUUUGGAUGAGAUUAAAUAUCCUCCGAACAUGAACUCAACUUCCACGCGAGAGAUCAUCAAUCAGUUGGCUGCGUUCUACUCCCUCGACGUGGUGUAUAACUUGGGAGACCUGCUGCGGCUGGAGGAACUCCUGGAAUACAACGACCUGGAUGUGGAGACUGCUGCUGAACGUCUUACUGCCACCUGUGAGGAGACGCUCAUCAAGUGCCGCUUUGGGAACGUGUUAUUAAACUGUUCUGAUAUAUUCCAAAUGGAACUGACUGGAGAUGGAUUCUGCUGCAUCUUCAAUGGAAGGUCUUUGAGAAGAGAAAUGGAAGAAGGAGUCAAGAUCAAACGCACUCCCCAACACUGGUACACGAGGGAGUUUGGCUACACCAGUGGUCUGACCAUUGCUGUGAAUCAGAGUCAGAAGCCGACUAGCAUUGAUCUUACUUAUAAGUGGAUUGCUCUUCAAACCAGCCAGCACUUUGUGGACACGACCAUGAACGGCACAGCUCUGAACCCUGGCGCUGAGCAGUGGAUCUCAUACUCCAGCAUCGGCUUCCAGAUAGCCAUGGGUGCCAAGACACUCAGUCCGUCACUCAGGAAAUGCAAUAUGUCUACCAAUGUGUUGCGCUACUUCCCACAUUAUAGCAAGAACUACUGUCUACAAGAGAAGGAGAUGGCGAAUACGUUGAACAAAUGUGGGUGCGUGCGGACUCCGCACCCGCGGCCUCCGGGGACCACACGGUGCCGGGCUCCCAUGCUGCUAUGUGCCACACAGGCUAUGAUCUCAUAUGACACGAGCGCCGACUGUCCACUGACGUGUGACGUCGAGAACAUCAUAGUUACCGCUUCCAGUUUCACGCUUGACCCUACCGUGAGGACCGUGGAAUCCUUCUAUAACGGUUUGAAUUUCAAGAAGGUAACAGUGGUGCGAAUCUUCAUUCAGGGUCGAAAACGGAAAACUAAAGAACGAUGGAGCUACUUCGGAUAUUACGACUUGUUUUCUCAACUAGGAGGUAUGUUCAACGUAUGUUUUGGGUGCAGCGUGCUCACUAUGCUGGAACUGCUGCAAAUCGGCUGGAGGUUCAUGCUCAUCAGGAUACAGCGGUACUUGGAUAAUCGUCACAUUCGUCACGUCAAACAUCCUCAAAAGAAAUAGUCUUUUUUAAAAUAGCGUUUGAUUUUGACUCGUGUUUAA